AUGUCUGGUGCGGCGGUUGCUGGGCCGGACAUCGCUGCAAUGUUACUCCAGAUGCAACAAGACCUGGCCGGGGUCCGCGCGCGCCUAAAUAGUCAAGUUAAUACUGCGGAGGGGCUGUUUGAGGUGCCUGCGGGCAAGUUGGCCAAGUUGCGUCGGUUAGCUGUGGGGCUCCGGGUUACGGCCAAGAAGAAUCGCCGUCUGGUUCAGAAGCGUGAGUUGGCGCAGCUGUGUGGUUUUGCUCAGAGUGUGAAGCUCGCCCUCACCCCCGCCCCCCUGUUUCUCCGUAAUUUCUACGAUGAUCUUGCGCAGCCGGUUGGUGGUGGCGGUACGAGUGCAGUGAUCGACUGGGCCCUCCUGCGCGGCACACGCAGUGGUUCUGCCCCGGUUCCCCGUUAUGCAUUAGACUUUCGUGCUGCGGCUGCUCCCCCGGUUGUCACGAACCUGUUAGUGAAGCAGCUGCAGGCCGCCGCCCCAGGUCAGGACCACUCGGCUCGCCUGGAGCAGAUUGCGGCCGUCAUUGUGUCUCGAGUAGGCUCCAAGACUUGGCAAUCGUAUGCGUCUCAUUUCGCGGCAUUCGUGCGUUUCUGCGUCAGUGAAGACCUUGAGUUCUUGCCGGCGUCCCGGUAUACCGGGUUGUUGUGGGCACAGUACCUGGCUGCCCGUGGUUCUGUUCGGGCUCGCACCGCGCAGCCCUACUUCAGCGCGGUUAAUACAGUGCACGAUUUGUUAGGGCUGGCUAAGCCGUGUGAUGGGGAUAAUGUGCUGUUGUCGGCGUUCCGCCGCGUCGCCCGCCCUUUUCGCUCUACUACAUUAUUUCUUUUCCUUUUGGUUCGGUGCGGCCUUUUCAUCGAUCAGGCCGUAAGAGCACAGCCAAUAUCUGUAACAGAAAUGGCAAUGGCAAUAGACUCGUAG